AUGGUUACGGGGACCCCACUGGAGGAAUUAGGAUGUUACCUUCGUCUGGCGGACAACUCGAGGGCGAGAGAAGCCCUCAGACAGUGCCUCCCUGAAGCCCUCAAGAACCCUGAAUUGCAUGCAAGCCUCAAAGACGACCCAGCAACGAAGAAGUGGCUGCUGCAGCUGCUGCAUGCAGUUGGGGAUACACCGCAGCAGCAGCAAGCUGCUGCUCUGCCGCAGUCUUAG